UUUGGCCGCUUCUGGGUUGAUUUCAGCUGUACGCCGUCUUCGUUCUUUCAAUUGAUAGUGAUACCGCGGAGUACCGAUACUAACUAACGUGCCAGCCGCGCGCCCAACAAGCACCCAACAACAAAACCAAGACCAGGACCAAAGGCAAGCGCCUCAAAUCCAAAACUCAACGGACCUCAUCCCACCAAUUCUAGCCAGAGCAUCAGGUGUCGUACUAGACGUCGGCCCGGGGACAGGCACGCAGAUGCCGCUCCUGCGCCUGCGCGCACCAGCCGUCAAGGCGAUUUACGGCGCCGAGCCAUGCAGCGGUCUGCAUGCGGAGCUGCGCGCGCGCGCGGAAGCGGAGGGGUUGGGGGAGAAGUAUCGUGUUCUGUCCUGUGGUGCUGCGGCGGGGGAGCUUGUGCCGGAGUUGCAGAGGGAGGGGCUACUUCCUGCCGGGGAUGUGGAGAGGGUUCUGGCGAGCACGAGCGGGGUCUUUGAUACGAUUGUGUGUGUGCGGGUUCUGUGCUCUGUGCCGGAGUUGGAGAGGACGGCGCGGGAGUUGUAUGCGCUGCUGCGGCCUGGGGGGCAGUUGCUUGUUGUGGAGCAUGUGGUUAAUCCGUGGCGGACGGCGAAGGGGUCGAUUGUGGCGAGGGUGAUGCAGGCUGUUUAUGGGUUCUUUGGGUGGAGCUGGUUUAUUGGGAAUUGCUGCUUGGAUCGGGAUACGGAGACGGCGUUGCGGGCGGCGGCGGACAGGGAUGGAGGGUGGGAGGUUGUGGAGUUGGAGAGGUGGUUUGGACGGUCUCCCAUACCGUAUAUUUCCGGUGUGUUGGUGAAGAAGAGUACGUAGAUGAGUGAACGGCUGUAAGAAAAGAAAAAGUUCGGAAUUUAUUCAUGUAAGUACAUGCAUCUAGGGUAUCAUAGUCAUAACAU